UGCUCAGUAAUAAAAUAACGAAAACGCCGAACCAAGGCAGUGCAACUGUAUUCAGUGGGCACCAACUUACUGCGCAGAGCAGAGUACGGACGAAAAUCGUGAUCCACUUGGUAGUAUUUGUCAUGCCGGUCUGUCUUGCCCUCUGAUCCUGGCGGUCAUCUGCAGGACCCACCUUUCGUUGCCAAGUCUUUUUGCCUGGGCAAACGCUGAAAGGCUGUCCUUUCCUUGCCUUUAUUAAGCUUUCCUUCCUUCCUUUUUAUAUUCUUCUCGCCGCAGGCGGUUCGUUUUUCCAUGUAUUUUCCUCAUUGUCGACGCUUCCAUGCGUUGGUCGUCUUCCUUGUCGUCUCCUGGCUUGAUCUAGCUGCUGCUUUGAGUGCACCACCUAGGCCACUGAGGUCGUUGGUCCAUCCGACAACGAGAUCCCUUGAAAUACUACCCCGGCACUACCAGUCUCCCUCGAAACGCUCUCCACUGGAAGCGCGCUCCACUACUCUGCGUCAUGACGACUCCUUCCGCCUCAUUGUCGCCGCCUUUGAUGAUCAUUUCUACCUCCAUCUCCGUCCUAAUGACCACCUUGUUCACCCAGCUGCUCGUGUUACCUAUCACUCAGCCGAUGGUACAACUCGUACUGAACCCCUUCUGCGUGAGAACGUCAAGGCUUACCUAGGCGAAGUCAUCGACCCCCAGUUUUCCGAUGCCCGGCUGAGAGAAGACGCUGCACGAGUUGCCUACUCUUCGUUCCCUGAGGCUGAGCUUGGCUGGGCGCGUAUCAUGAUCCACGACCAAGGCGAUGACGAGCGCCCGCCCACCUUUGAGGGUGCCUUUGCCGUGGAUGGCGUCGUGCACCACGUCAUGACAAAGGACCACUAUCUGCGGACGAAAUACCCGCUCGAUCCUGAGAUCGUGCAUUCAAUAGAUGAUAUGGUCAUUUGGAGGGACUCAGAUGUGAUGACGCCAGAAGAGGAGCAGCUUGCCAGGACGGGAUCGUACUCCGAGUCUGAGCCGCCUACUGCACCACGGACAUGUGCCCAUGACAAAGUGUCUUACAAUACUCCAGAACAGAAUCCUAUCUUCCAAACGCCUCCUACGACGCCGUGGUAUGGAUUGGGUGUAUUUGGGAAUACUUCCCUGUCGCGGAGGGAUGAUGUUGCCGGGGGUAAUAUGAGCACAAAUUUUGCCAACGUCAUUGGUGACAAUUCUGGGUGCCCAAAGUCUCAGCAAGUUCUUUACAUGGGCGCCGCUGCUGACUGUCAAUAUGUUUUGCAAUACGGCAACAAAGAUAACGCUACUACGCAGAUUCUCAACGACUGGAAUAUGGCUAGCAGUCUGUACAAAUCUACCUUCAAUGUUAGUUUGGGCAUUGUUGAGCUUCAGGUACAGGAUUCGAGUUGUCCAUCUACCACAAAUUCCAGCGUGCCGUGGAACGUAGCUUGCAGUGACAGCGUCACCUUGAAUGAUCGCCUAUCACUUUUUUCGCAGUGGAGAGGUAGCAAAGGCAGUGAUGGUGUGGGUUUGUGGCACCUCAUGAGUGGAUGCCCCACCGGUUCGGAGGUGGGAAUUGCUUGGCUCGCCACCUUAUGUCAACAAACUUCUUCCGGAGAUACUGGCUCAGUUGUAUCUGGAACUGCUGUAUCGACCAGUGGGCGGACCGAAUGGCAGGUCGUCGCUCAUGAAAUUGGGCAUAACUUUGGCGCGAUUCACGAUUGCGCGGAUGGUUGUUCCGAAACUGAUUCAUGCUGUCCUUUGAACACCGACACCUGUGAUGCUGAUUCCAGGUUCAUCAUGAGCCCUGUAUCGCAGUCAUCCGAACAGCAGUUCUCUGCUUGCAGCCUGGGAAAUAUCUGCUCUGUAAUGGCAGGCACAAGUGGCUCCAAACUCAAUUCCACCUGUCUAGUUGACGCGUCUUCGGCCAAUGGGAUCAUAUCGCUACAGAUGUGUGGUAACGGUAUAGUCGAAGACGGAGAAGAUUGUGAUCCAGGAAGUGGUGUUAACUCCAAUUGUUGUGAUUCCUCGACUUGCAAGUUCAAGAAUGGCGCAGUCUGUGAUCCGGACAACAGCGCAUGUUGCACUAGUCAAUGUGCUUUUGCUCCAUCUACCCAAGUAUGUCGGGCUGCCAAGGACCCUCAAUGUGAUACGGCCGAGAUGUGUACGGGCAACUCGUCAGCAUGUCCUAGCGACGUUGUAGCGCCUAACGGGCAAUCGUGCGGUUCCAAUGGGUUGGCUUGUGCUAGUGGUCUAUGCACAUCUGUUUCGCUUCAAUGUCAAUCCGUGGGGGGAUCCAUGAACCUGACAACAGGUUGCUCGACGCACAACGACCAGACGUGUCAGAUUUCCUGCCAGGACCCGAGUAACAGCAACCAAUGUGUCGUUUUGUCUUCUCUUCUCAUAGAUGGUUCUCCUUGUGGUUAUGGCGGAACUUGCCAAUCAGGUUCCUGCCAGAGCGGAAGCGCUAUAGAUACAGCUAAGGCAUGGUACAGGCAGAACCUCCAGAUAGCGAUACCGGUGACUGUCAUUGUCGGCCUCAUCGUGCUAGCACUGCUGUGGGCAUUGUUCAGAGGAAUCCGACGUUGCAUGACUCGGAAACGGAUGGCGAGAGCAGUGAGGCCGUCGAUGACUCCGAGCUAUUCAAGGUUGCGCCAUGAUAGAAUCGCAAGUUAUGACAGAGCCGUACCCACUUAUUUGGGGUGAGCAGUGAUCCUUCUUCGUACGACAUACCGUGGAUCUAAUAUUAAUCACCUGUAGCACCGGCCCGCCUGGUAGAAAAAUUUAUCAGACUCGGGCGAAUUGGGUAGAUGAGAGCGCGUAUAACGGACCACCGCGUCCGUGAUAGCGCUCACCGUCCAUCGUUUGUUAUUUGCUGAAUCAUUUGCUACCAUUUAUUCCAACCAUCUUUCCGUCGAUAUAUAAUGCAUUGUUUUAAGGACACUGUACUGACAGUUGUAGCAUAUAAGUAGAACUGGAUGGUAUCAAUGUCACCGUGUUCGAGUAAAGAAUGCGUUACGUCAAUU